ACGGCGUGCAGAAAAUUAGGAAAACUCCUUUUUUUUUUUUUUUUUUUCCUUUGGAGAAGCUGAUUUCCUUCAGCAAGUGGGGGACGGUGGAGAAAAUGAAGCCGAGUCCACGAUUUUUCUUAGCUGGUUUUCUGUCUUUGAUUCUGCAGACGGGGAUUUGCUAUGGGAUAAAAUGGAUAGCUCUGUCCAAGACUCCUUCGGCUUUGGCCCUGAAUCAAACCCAGCACUGCAAGCAGCUUGAAGGCUUGGUGGUUUCCCAGGUGCAGCUGUGCCGCAGCAACCUGGAGUUAAUGCAGACCAUCAUCCAGGCAGCACGGGAAGUGAUAAAGACCUGCCGUAAAACUUUCUCAGACAUGCGGUGGAACUGCUCUUCCAUUGAGCUGGCUCCUAACUACCUGUUGGACCUUGAGAGAGGCACAAGGGAGUCAGCAUUUGUGUAUGCCCUUUCUGCUGCUGCCAUCAGCCACACCAUUGCCAGAGCCUGCACCACCGGGGACCUCCCUGGCUGUUCCUGUGGUCCCAUCCCAGGUGAGACACCUGGACCUGGGUAUCGAUGGGGAGGAUGUGCAGACAACCUCAACUAUGGUCUUAUCAUGGGGUCCAAAUUUUCAGAUGCUCCCAUGAAGAUGAAAAAAACAGGAUCACAAGCCAAUAAACUGAUGCAUCUGCACAACAGUGAAGUAGGGAGACAGGUCUUGAAAGCCUCUCUUGAAAUGAAAUGUAAGUGCCAUGGAGUUUCUGGGUCAUGCUCUAUCAAGACCUGUUGGAAAGGCCUUCAAGAGUUGAGAGACAUUGCAUUGGACCUCAAAAACAAGUAUUUAUCAGCUACCAAGGUCGUUCACCGGCCCAUGGGCACACGCAAAUACCUCGUGCCAAAGGAUAUUGAUAUCAGGCCGGUUAAAGAGACAGAGCUGAUUUACCUGCAGAGCUCGCCCGAUUUCUGCAUGAAGAAUGAGAAAGUGGGGUCACACGGGACCCAGGACAGGCAAUGCAACAAGACCUCCAAUGGGAGUGACAGCUGUGACUUGAUGUGCUGUGGCAGAGGCUACAACCCCUACAUGGACAAAGUGGUGGAGCGAUGCCACUGCAAGUACCACUGGUGCUGCUAUGUGACCUGUAAAAAGUGCGAGAGGACUGUUGAGAGAUAUGUGUGCAAGUGAAAGCGUUCCUGUCUCUGCCCAGGAGCUGAGAUGCCAGCAGCACCCCAGCACUAUUCAGAGAAGAGAAAACAUUUCCCCAGCUAAACAUCAUUUAUCUUGUAAAGACACAGACUUGAAGAAAGAUGGUAGGAGGAAAAAGAAAGCAAACACACCAGUAAAAAUAAGACCCUUAAAAAACCCAAACCAACCCACAGAUAUUUCCCCCACCAAUAAAAUGAUCUCUGAGAAGAUAAAAACUCAUUUGGGAUGGUAUCUUCUUCUGAAAUGCUUCCUAAUGUUACCAAUGAUGUCCAGCCAUCAAGUGCCUUAGUAUUUUGAGAAACACAAGUAGAAACUUUCCCCAGGGAAGAAAAGCAUCUCUUGUUGAAAAGAACUAAGGCUCACACCUGCCUGUGCCUUCUAGCACAAGUACUGAGUCUGCAUUAGGACCAUCCCAGAAGGGAAAAUGCUACAACUUUUCAGUCAUAAUUGCAUUUGUUGCCAAAGACUUAAUUUUUAGCAUUGAAGCAUCCACUCCAGAUGAUAAAGGUGGAAAGAGUUCAGGUCAAUCCCCUGAUAUGAACAACUCAUUUUAACCUUUCUUUUACGCAGGUCUCCAACUUUGAA